AAUAGAAAUGAGACCCAAAAAAUCAUAAUGAAGAUUAUUGAUCAUCGUCGAAAGGAAAUUGAAGAUCACAAGGAAUUAGGAAGUGACAUGUUGACACUAUUAAUCAAAGCAAAUACUGAACAGGUUGUUGAUGAAAAUUCUAAACCUUUAACCAAUGAUCAAAUUUUUCAUAUCUUAAUUGAAGCUAUUAUUGGAGGAAUUGAAACUACCGCAAAUUUAUUAUGUUUUGUCAUAUAUCAUAUGGCUCAUCAUCCUAAUGUGUUAGUUCGCUUGAGAGAAGAACUUGAUACUAUUUUUGAUUCCGAUAAUAAUCGUCAAAUAACGAUGGAAGAUCUUUCAAAAAUGCGUUAUACAGAAGCUAUAAUCAAAGAAUGCGCUCGUCUUAUAAAUCCCGCAAAAUUGGCUCAACGUAACUCUUCCUUACCAGGUACUAUUAUCGAUCGUGAAUG